AAUUUCAUAUCUCGACUCCUCUUUUCAAUUCAACUAAUUUUUGUUUUAUCAUCCGGUAACACAGUAGUUAAACAAAAUGUCCAAAAGGAAGAGAGUAUCAGCAGAUGAGAAGAGAACUAGGAUACUCCAAUUUUUUCAUGAGAAAAAAGAAUUUUACACCUUAAAAGAGUUGGAAAACACUAUUCCAAAGGAAUGUGGAGUUAUACAGCAGGCUGUAAAAGAUGUACUGCAAGCUCUGGUUGACGAUGGCUUGGUACAUUCAGAUAAAAUUGGUACAUCUGUUUAUUUUUGGUCUUUUCCAGGAGAAAGAAUACCACUCUUAGAAGCUCAAAAUGCAGAAACUGGAAAGAAAAUUCUUAUUUUGGAUGAAAAGUUUGAACGUUUAAAAUCAGAACUUAUGAGAGAAGAAGUAAAUAAAGAAGAUUAUGAACAAACUAGGGCAGUGAUCAAAGAAAUUAAAGAUCUUAAAGCAGAAGAAGAAGAAAUAAAAAAACAAAUCAUGAAAUUUAAUGAUGCUGAUCCAGAAGUCAUAGCUGAAAUGAACAAAAAAGUGAAGUUUUACAAAGAUGGAGCAAACACGUGGACAGAUAACAUUUUCAAUGUGAAGACCUGGUGUAACCAGAAAUUCAACAUUGAAGGAUCAGAACUGGACAAGCAGUUUCGUAUUCCAGAUGACCUUGACUAUUUGGAGUAGCAGUGUCACGAAGAAACUUGUAUAUUUAUUCACUGGUUAACACUUCCUUAAAGCCUUCAAGUACAAAUUACUUACCAUUCGACCAAAAUUCCUUUCAUAACAUUCACCAUUUCGGCGAUUUGUUAUCACUCGCUGUCAUCUCCAACCGUCUCCUACAUUACAAACGUUUUAGGUUAGAUUUCAAUGAUUUAAUACAAGGUCUGUUCGCAUGUAUAGCAAAUUAAGGUUUGUUCGUUGAAAAUUAAAAUUUUUUCAUAAGGGAAUGACUAUAAAUAUGUUGCAUUCAAUUUUUUCAAAUUAUUUGCUAUUAUACGACUGUAUUUCAUGGAAAAUAAAAGUUUAUCGAAUAAGUAGAAUAUCGAAUUGUUAAACGAUAAGUAACGAAAUAUAGAUACUUAUACUUGAAAAUGUUAUUUAAAUCUGUAAAAUUUGAAACAUACUUAGCUGCGUUUCUAUAUUUAUAAGUAAUCGAGAUUAAAUA